AUGAGGGCCGGUUUACUGGGACUGCUGUUCGCCGUCGGGCUGGGACGGGGUCUGUGCCAGCAGGACGCGGUCUUUGAGUUGGACGGGCGUGUGCGCCACCUCGCCGUGGCCAACAGCUCGGUCUACGUUGUCACCGAGACGCGGCUUUACCAGCUCGGCCUCGACCUGGCUCCGUUUCAGAGCCAGUGUCUGAGAGGGGUGUUGCAGAAAGGAGACCAGAUUUACAACUUCACUUUCAACAAGGUGGCGCAAUGGGAAGACGGGAACGCAACGUUCGCCGUGAACACGCUGAUACCGUUUCCCGGGAACGGGACGCUAAUCGUCUGCGGCGUCGUCGAGUGUGGUUAUUGUGAGCUGCUGAAUUUGACGGACAUCUCCAAACCGGUUUACAGCGAGGCAGUGGAAGUGGGCUCUCUCGUACCGAACGAUGCGUCCGUUGGUUUUCUCGUCAACGCGGUGACGCACGAGAGCAGCCAGUGGUACAUUUUGGCAGCUAUACAAUCAAACAAGACUUGCUUUACGCGUGAGGGGUCUGUGCUCCUGCAAAACACGAACGAUCAACAGACAGGGUUGAUUUUUUCAGUUUCGAGCCAAAACACAGCUCGACCGUUCAUCAUGAUUCGGCCCCACAGAUCGGUCGAGUUCGUGCAUGGCUUCCAGAUUGGCGCAACCAUUUAUCUAUUCGCUAAUGUGCUCGAGAAACGGGCCACAGCUCGUCUCGUUUGGCUGGAGAGCAGGCAGAGCAAAGUCGCUACCCUGGGGUCUCUGCGCGGCGUCACCCUGCGCUGCUGCGCGCAGGACCACAAGCUGCUGGCCUCCGCGCAGGUCCCGGGCGGCUCGUCGGUCCUCUGGGCGGGUGUGUUCGGGACCGGCGGCCCUUCUGACACGGUGUUGGCCAUCUUCGACAUCAGCCCGGUCCGGGGCGGAGCCUCAGACAAGGACCCAGACUUCUACUUCACAGAUAAAGAUCUCAAGGGCUUCAUCCACACGCCUCUGGAGGCGGAGAGGGUGCUGCUCAGGCGGCGCUUCAUGACCUCGGUGCUGGCUGUGAGACACAAGUCCUGGAUAGUUUUCUUCGCUGGAACGGGAGAUGGACAAGUCAUUAAGCUUCCUGUGGACAGCGCCUAUCGGCCCAUGUGUACCACAGUGCUCUAUGAGACGGAACUUGACUGGGCCGUGUUUCACAAAAUGUACCUGGACCCAGUGGAUGGUAAAUACGUGUAUGUGGCGUUAGAAAAACAGGUGAGGCGUAUACCUGUUUCUGACUGCAACACUCACAAAAGUCUGCAGGCUUGUUGGUCUGCACAGGAUCCCUACUGUGGCUGGUGUGAUUCAAAACAAAGUUGUACGUUCGAGGAGGAUUGCUCAGAUUCACUCUGGCUGUCUAUUCCUGAAGACUCCAGUCAACAGAAAAUGGUGUCUUAUCAAAUCCAGCAGGUUGGCAGUGGGCAGCUCACUUUAACCAUGAACACCCAUCUAACUGUGGGCACAAAAGAGGUGCUGACCAGUUUCACCUGUGAGUUCUCCGUGAGCUCUGAUGACCUGUGUGACUUGGGUCCCACCUCAAAGUUCCCAUUCUGCACCUGCCUUUUCAACAGCAGCAAGCUUCCUGCUGAAGGCCUGCAUGUCACAGUCAAUAUCACACUCGGAGGAGUGCCUCUCACCGAGCAGUUGAAACUAACCAACUGCUCCAGCAUCGCUGGACCACCCACCUAUUUCCUGUGCCAGCGGUGCAUCACAGCUGGAUGUGGCUGGAACAACAACAUGUGCUCCUGGACCCACACAGGCCUUAUGAAUGACAGCGUUUGUCAGACGUUCGGUCCAGGACUGGAAACCUCGAUGCCAGAGAUCUCCUCCAUUACACCAAGUGUCCUGUCCUUCCAUGGGAAAAACCACGCCGUGAUAAAAGGUCGUAACCUCAGUCCUGUGACCAAGGUGCGGCUUCAGAGAGACAUGGCCUGCAGCUCAAAGGAGUCUCCUGUGUGGAACAACACAGGGAUGAGUCUGAUGUUCAACAUCUCCAGUGGGGACAAAGGGUCGGUGAAAGUGUGUCUCGUCCUCCCGGAUGGCAGUUGCCACGGCAACGCCUCCAUCUCCUACCGUUCCUCGCCAACCUGCCUCUCCAUCUUUCCAUCUACUACCUGGGCCAGUGGGAAGAGGAAAACGACCAUCACAGGAACACAUCUGGAGUUUGUGGAGGGACUCGUCCACAGUCAUAAACCAAGGCAAAUCAAUUAUCAAAUAAACGGCAACUCAACGACUCUCAUCUUUGCCACGUCCUCGGCCGACAACUCUAACAACAUAUUUAACAGCAGCGUAUCUCUGUUAGUUGCCAACAAAAGCCUGGCCUGCUCCACUCCCAUCAGCUACCAGCCUGACCCCAUCUUUACCAGUUUCACCUCCACAAGGACCGGGAAUGACCUGCGCAUCACUAUAGAGAAAACGGCAGAUAAACUGGGGCUGACCACACGAGACCUGACUGUUCAGGGGUUUCAGGGGGAAAAAUCGUACAAGUGCAUCAUGGAAGGCAUAGAGAAGAGCAACAGCACUGACGCCAUCAUCUGUGAGAUUCGAAACAUGCCAGACGCUCAAAUUCACUCGGUUAAGAUACACUUUGGCGAGGAGACCGUGGUGCUCAGGCCUCCGGGUGAUUCACAUCUCUUACUGCUGAUAGUCAUUCUGCUGAUACCGUGCAUUAUUGUUGCGGGGGUGUUUUUCUACUGCAGACAGCAGAAGAAGCUCACAGAUCAGAUGAACAAGCGUAUUGAAGACCUGGAGCUGGACAUCAGGAAUGAUAUUCGACAAGGUUUUGUGGAUAUGCAGACAGAGAAGGCUGACCUGAUGGAAAACAUCGGGGUCAUCCCUUUCCUGGACUAUAAGCACUUUGCUUCCAGAACCUUCUUUCCAGAGGGUGGCAGUUUGAUGGCGUCUUGUCUGAUGGACAUCAGCCAGGAUGUGGUGAAGGUGCAGCAGGAUGAGCGUUGCCAGGCCCUGUCCAAACUGAUCCACAACCAGCGCUUCCUGACCUCCAUGGUCCAUGCCUUGGAGGAGCAGAAGAAUUUCACCAUCAGCGACAAGUGCACUGUGGCCUCUCUGCUGACGGUGGCCUUGCAUGGUGACCUGGUGUACCUGACGCAGGUGAUGGAGGAGCUGCUGGGAGCGCUGAUGGAGCAUCCCAGUAAUACCCAGUCCAAGCUCAUGCUGCGAAGCACCAAGUCCGUUGUGGAGAAGCUGCUGCCCAACUGGAUGUCCAUCUGCCUCUACGGCUUCCUCAGGGAGAGUGUCGGACAGCAUCUGUUUCUGUUGGUGAGCGCUCUGAAGCAGCAGAUCGCCAAAGGCCCGGUGGACUGUGUGACAGAGAAAGCUCUUUACACGCUCAGCGAGGACUGGCUUCUCUGGCAGGCGCCGGACUUCACCUCUCUGAAACUGAAGGUUUUGUUCGCGGUGGGCAGCGAUGGCGAGGUCAGCGAGCCGCUGGAGGUCAGCGCCCUGAGCUGUGACACGGUGGAACAGCUGCAAGAGAAGAUCCUGUCCACCUUCAAGGCCAAGUUCGGUUUCUCAUACAACACCAGAGACAUCCGCUUAGAGUUUCAUAGAGACGGCACCUUUGUCCCUCUUGAGGAAGUGGAUCGCAGCUCUGUGGUUUUAGGGGCGGCGACGAUGCUCAACACGCUCAAACACUAUGAGGUGCCUGAUGGAGCGUCAAUCAAAGUGCUUUCUAAGAGAACCCACCCGCCUCUGAGUCCCCAGGGCAGUAUGAAAGAUGAUCAAGACUUUGAAGUCAAGUACUUCCACUUGAUUGACCCCAGUGUGGACGAAGACCAGAGCAAGAACCUUGAGAAGAAGAAGUUUAAACUGAAGGAAGUGCAUCUCACCAAGCUUCUGUCAACCAAGGUGGCAGUGCAUUCCUUUGUGAAGAACCUGUUUCAGGCCAUCUGGGGAACCCCUCACAGCAGAGCCCCACAUGCCAUCAAAUACCUCUUCGACUUCCUGGACACGCAGGCGGAGAACAUGAAGCUGACUGACCCGGAUCUCAUACACAUCUGGAAGACCAACAGCUUGUCGCUGCGUUUCUGGGUAAACAUCCUGAAGAACCCUCAGUUUGUCUUUGACAUGGAGAAGACUCCACAUCUGGAUGGCUGCCUGUCUGUCAUAGCUCAGGCCUUCAUGGACUCCUUCUGUCUUGGCGAAAUGCAGCUGGGGCAGUAUGCACCAACCAACAAGCUGCUGUAUGCCAAAGACGUUCCUCAGUUCAGACAGGAAGUUAGAGCGUACUACAAGCAGGUCAGAGACCAGCCACCAAUUAGCAGCUCAGAAUUCAAGGAGUUCCUUCUGGAGGAGUCUAAGAAACAUGAUAAUGAAUUCAACGAAUCUGCUGCUCUCAGGGAACUCUACAAAUACAUCCAGCGAUACUACACUGAGAUUCAACAGAAGCUGGACCAGGACGGUGCUCCUGCUGAAAUGAAGGAGCAACUGGCGUACAUUAAAAACCUGUUUGACGACAUGAAGAGCUGCUCCUGGAACUGAUCUAAGACCUGCUGCCCAGUGCCAUUCAUGGGCAACGUAACAGCAAACUAGAGCUUUAAUUCUGCACAAAAAAUGUGCAAUUUCCCAAAACCAUGACAGUUUUGUGCCUCAAAUGACUUGGAACUUGGAAAAUCAAGAUAACAAACUGCUUGACAUACAUGUCUUUUUGUAUGCUCAAUAAUCCAGGUCCCCCGGACCCAAGGAGGGGGGCAGACGAGGAGGUGAGGGGAGCGGGGCCUAUGGCGAAGGGCACCUGGCUGCCCAGCAAGAGGCGCUGGAACUCACUGUGUCUCCUCUGGAGCUCCUUCAAACGCCUGCCGAGUUGGGCAUGCUCCGCAGAGAACGACGGACGUCUGGGAAGAAGGGAGCGGAGGACAUUUGGACGUUAAUGACUACCUUUCCAUUGUUAUGCAAAAAACUGAACAGAGAUGCCAAAUAAACUACAUGUUGCAAAAGUUCAUGUUUUAAUGAAGUUAUGUGAAAAUAAAAGACAUCCUU